CAAGACACGACGCGCACGUCAUUAGGACGGGGGGAUCGAGAGACCAGGGAUUUCCUAAUUCUGAGUUUUUUUGUUUUUUUUUGUUUUGUUUUUAAACGUACGGAUACCCCGAUAUUUCUAAAAUCUUGUGUAGGAUUUACAACAUGGUCGUGGUAACAGCGGGGACAGGGGGCACCCACAAAGUGCUUCUGAUAUCGGGCAAACAGAGCGGCUCCGCCGACGCGGCGCAGGGCGGCUUCAGUCGGCCUAUCUCUGUCGUCCUGCCGCAGGUUGCCAACCCGGCGUCGUCGGACUCCGACUCCAACUCGUCCGCCACUCCGCCCUUGCGUAAAAGACAAAGGCUGACGCAUUUGAGUCCAGAAGAGAAAGCACUCCGCAGGAAACUCAAGAACAGAGUUGCAGCUCAGACGGCCAGAGACAGAAAAAAGGCCAAAAUGGGGGAGCUUGAGCAACAAGUUUUAGAGUUGGAGCUGGAGAACCAGAAACUUCAUGUUGAAAACAGGACUCUACGGGGGAAAAACAGCGGCCUAAUGACAGAGAAUGAAGAACUGAGACAGAGACUGGGGUUGGAUACCCUUGAGUCGAAAGAGAAGGUACUGUUGUCUGGUGGGAACGACACAGGUUUGGGGAUCGGGUCUUCUGAGUCCGCAGCACUCAGGCUACGUGUGCCUCCGCAGGGUGCAGGCCCAGCAGUUUCUAAACCUGAAGACUUCCCAAUGGAUACAGACAGUCCUGACUCUACAGACAAUGAGUCUGAUUUGCUACUGGGCAUUCUGGACAUCCUUGACCCCGAGCUGUUCCUCAAGUCUUGUGAGUCGGAGUGCCAGGAGCCGCAGGUGCUGCUGGUCGGAGGGGGGGACCCAAUAUCUUCCACCCCACCUACAGCUCUGGGGGCCGCACCAGUUAAGCUGGAGGCCCUUAAUGAACUGAUCCUCUUUGACCACAUCUAUACGAAGCCAGUGGAGUUGGUGCACGACAGGCAGGAUGACAACAUGGAGAGCGUUGUGGAGGUCAAGAUUGAGGAUGCAGCAUCCUUCCCUGCUACCGAGGUGGAGGUUGAGGCGGAAACAGUUUGUGUCAAGGACGAGCCGGAGGAAGUGGUCAUCCCUGACUGUGACAACCACAGCAGAGUGGUAGACUUUCUCUCAGCAGCCUCUUCCCCAGCACUCGGUGGCCUGGAUAAUGAGGCCUACUUGGCGGAUGUCUACAGGGACUCUGGAUGCGAGCGAUCCCCUUCCCCUUUCAGUAACAUGUCUUCUCCCCUGUGCUCAGAGAGCUUCUGGGUUGAUGUGAAUGAACUUUUCCCCCAGCUAAUCAGCGUCUGACCAUGAUCCCUUCAACCCAAAUAAGUUAUCCAUAUAAAGAGCUAUUGUGUAGUGUUAAAUAGCUAUCAAUCAACACACAAUCCCUUCAUAUUGAUCUAGAAGCACCAUGGAACUCUUGUGUUUAGGAUAAAGUUAAGCACAUAAUCUUUUAUUUUUUUUUAUACAGCAGGUCUGUACCUAAGGCGAGGCUGCAUUGACUUGUGGGAAAUGGACUUCUUGAAGGCAUAUUUAGCAUCACUAAUUGUUCUAGUGGUUUAAGAUGCUUCUAAAUCUUUCACUCACCGUUUCAAAAUGAACUGUGGGUGAAAUCCAGUAUUGCUGUAAAUUAAUCUGAAGGGGAACAGGGACUGAUCGUUUAAAUGCAAAUUUUUAUUUAUUUGUGUAUUCGCUUUGGAGUCCUUGUAUGUUAUCCAUUCACAUGUAUAAAAGCAUUCUUUAAUUUUGUUGGCGCUCUCCUUGUAGUCAAAUUACUGCAUUAAAAAAAUUUUUUUUUGCAUCGCA